AGGCUCUAUAAUCCACUGGAUCGUCAGCGUCUGACCGGUUUUGAUCUUUACAGUAUACUGGUCGCGUUGUAAGCGUUGGUCUGAUCGUCACGAGCGUUAAAAAUAAAAAAUCACGUUAAUUUGUAAAGCUGCUAUCCGAGGCUAACAAGUCUUGAUAUUGUGCAGAGACUUGCUGAUCAUGCGGCUUCAACUGGGAUAUUUACUAUGCCUCUCAAUCGCGGUGGGUUUUAUAAAAGAAGAUGUGUGCGCCAUGACGCCAAGCCCCACACGGACGAACACUUCACAAAUGAAUCCUCAAGUUGAAGACGAUGAAGAUUUUGUACCCUAUCAAGGCGAACGCUUCACCAUAUUUGAUUGGAUGUUAUUUAGGAAUCUGGGCAAAGCGAAUGGAGGAAAUGUACUACUGUCACCGAUAUCCAUAAAAUUAGCGUUAGUGCUCCUUUAUGAGGGAGCACAGGACCAAACUGCAUAUGAACUCGCCGGAGUCAUGUCACUUCCAGUCAGCAUAUUGGCUACUCGAGAAAAGUUUACCAAUAUCCUGAGAUCUUUAGAGACUCCAUCUCCUGCGUACACUUUAAAUCUAGGUUCGCGCAUUUAUAUCGAUAAUAAUGUGCUGAUCAGACAACGCUACGCAGCAACGGUAAAAACCUUUUACAAUACCGACGUGAUCAACGCUAAUUUGUCCGACGCUCACGCAGUCGCGACCAAAGUUAAUUCUUGGGUCAAUAAUAUUACGAAUGGAUAUAUCGAAAAAAUGAUAGACGAUGAAAAGGGUUUAAAGGACUCGGUGAUGCUGAUUGUGAAUGGAUUAUUCUUCAAAGGCUCUUGGCGCCGUAAAUACUUUGCGCCUGAAAAUACUCGAAUUUCUAAAUUUCACGUAAGCGUUAACGAGAGCGUAGAUGUGCCGUACAUGCACACCACAGGUCGAUUUUAUCACGUCGAAUCGUCCAGGCUCGAUGCAAAAAUUCUGCGAAUUCCGUACGACGGCUCAAAAUUCGCUAUGUACAUUAUACUGCCGCACACACUGACAGGCGUAGAUCACGUUAUUAAAGAGAUUAAUCCGUUUAUAUUGGCGAGAGAUAUGUGGGCUAUGCAGGAACUGCCUCUCGACAUUUGGAUCCCGAAGUUUAAGUUCGAGUUUACGAGCCACCUGGAAAACACCUUGCGUGAACUUGGCAUCCGUGAUAUCUUCGACGAUACCGCGCUGCUCACGGGUAUAGCAAAAACGAGACGAGCUUCCAGACAUUUGCAAGUGUCCGAUGUAGUGCACAAAGCUGGAAUAGAGGUGAAUGAAAAUGGGACAACUGCUUAUGCCGCAUCAGAGAUACAGAUUGGAAAUAAAAUAGAAGAGAGCACGUUCCACGCCAAUCAUCCAUUCGUGUUUUAUAUCGAGGACGAGACCACCGGCACCAUUCUUUACGUAGGCAAAGUUCAGAAUCCCAUGAGUGCGUCUGGAACUACUGGGAAAGUGCAGCAGGAGUUUCCGUCGCGAUUUAAUCCGGAUACGGCGACUAUAACUCCUACAUCCGUUGUUCCAACUGCACUUAGUACCGAGGACCGAUAUGCAUUCUUCAACAUCGAUCUCCUGCAGAGAGUAAAUGAGAACAUCGAGGGUAAUCUGAUACUGUCUCCCGCCAGCGCGAAAGUCGCCCUUACGAGUCUGGUGGAAGGCACAGGUGGUCAAACACGUCAUGAGCUUCUCGCAGCUCUGAGAUUACCGCCGGAGGAAUACAUCAUCAGAAGAACAGCGAGGCGUGCCCUUCUAUCUCUAAAAAGUAAUCAAAAUGGUACGGAAAUCGAUGUAGCGACACGUUUGUGGAUCAAUCCGGCUUUCACAGCAUCUAAUAAUUAUAUGACUGCCUUAUCUGAUCAUUAUGGAACCGACAUUCGACAGUUGAAUUUCAAGAAUACAAACGACGCGGCCAAUUCUAUCAACACUUGGGUUCGCGAGAAAACGCGGAAUAACAUCCUAUCGAUCAUUCAGCCUGGCACUCUGAGCGCCGAUACUCAGAUGUUGUUAACUUCAGUCUUGUACUUCAAAGGACGGUGGUUGAAGUCCUUUGACAAAGGUGCCACGCGCAUACGGUGCUUCCAUGUUCCUCAGAGUGGUUGCCAAAACGUUUAUAUGAUGGAGAACACUUCCACGUAUCGAUAUGCUUAUAUAGCUUCUCUUGAUGCUGAUGUAGUGGAAAUUCCGUACUCGAAUGGCAGGACAUCUAUGCUAAUAUUCCUCCCAUCACACAUGGAGAGCGAUCCACAUCUCCAGAUUCUAUCGAAGGAUCUGUCAUAUGUACCAAUAAAAAUGCUGCUCUCUAGUCUCAAUGAAACUGACCUGAUACUUGCUAUUCCACGAUUUAGCAUCGAAAGCAAUUUAGAUUUGCGUUCACCCUUGAUAAACAUGGGCAUAAAGGACAUUUUCAGUCCGACAGCAAAUUUCACAGGAAUCGUAGCUAAUGAGUAUUUACGAAUAGGAAACAUAAUUCAAAAUGCUAAGAUAGAAGUUGACGAGGAGGGAACCAUUGCUGCCGCGGCGACCGAAUUUGCAAUUGUACCUCUCAUGGGUAACAUGGUGCCAACUGUCAUAGCAAACAGACCAUUUAUCUUUGCUAUUGUUGAUCUGGUAACAAGCGAGACUCUCUUUGCUGGUCGUUUCUUGGGUCCUAAAGAGGACAACUCUAGAAAAUCCAUUCAGAAAUAAGCCUAAUACUCAUCAACUAUCGUUUUUAUAUUAAAAAAAUAAUGCUUAAGAUAUAAAGGCCUACCUACAUUUAGGUAUAAUAUCUACCACUUUUAUAACAAAAAUGACGUUUCUGUUACUACAGAAUAAAACUGUAGAAACUGCAGAAUAAUUGUUUACUUUUUUAUAUACAAACAAUUGCAAUAAAUAUAAAUUAGUGCUAUCCAAAAUUUGUAAUUCUGGGGAAUUGUGUGUCGACUAUGUUUCUUGUUUUUCUUUUUCUUAGUGAAGAAAAAUUAAUAAAUAAUUAUUAUCUUUUGCACGAAUGCCAACACAUAUCAAGUCAAUAUUCAGAAUUGCACAUCUUGGAUAGUAUUUGAAUAGAUGUGAACAUAUAUUGUGACAAUAUAUGAAAUAAAAAUCUAUUAUAUAGAAA